CGGUUAGUGAACUAACUGGUCAUAACAGAUGACAGUUGGCAGGCGGGCAUAUACAUUCAAUGGCUGGGCGCGGUAAGCUGUUGUAGUGCUGGAAUACUGGUGCUGGCUCAGGUGGAUUUUCGGUAACGUGCGUCUUGCUGUUUAGUUUGAAGAUGUUGUCUCAUUUGGAACAAUUAGAGGCUCAUGCACGAGUGCUAGCUUUAGAACAAAAAGAGAAGCAAGCAGAGCAGGAGAAUUUGAGAAAGAUGAGAAUAAAGAUUCAGCAACUCCGAGCUCGCAGAGAUGAACUUAAAGCCAAAUUGAAUGCAUACACACUCAAGCCUAUUGAAGAGAUAAUCUCGAUACAAGGAAAAGACAUUCAAACAGGCCUCCAGGAAGAGGAAAAUAAUUUGUCUGUGUUGCAAGUGAGGGUCAAAAAUACAGAGGGCAUAUUGCAGGCUUUUCAUCUGACAGGAAUCUGUGCCAAAAAGAUCCCCAGAGGAGUGUGCAUCAGCAUCAGUACUGCGUUCCAAGGCAUCUAUCUGGAGUACUAUUACCUGAACGUUGCACUGCGGCAGCCACCAGUGAUCAUGAAUCACAACAUACCAGUCUUCAUUCCUUUGAAGGAGCUAGAAAAACAGCACCUGGCAUCUAACUUGAAGCAGUUCCUUUCCAUUUUGAGCCAACACUUGAAUGCAUAUGCCUGCAGGAGAUACCAGGCAGAGCAGCUGCAGUCUAGAUUUGGUGCAAGACUGUUUGGACCACUGGAAAAAAACUCCUUGUGCAACCUGCUCAUUUUAAAUUAUAAUACCAAAGUUGAAGAAAGUCAUGUUCAGAUUAAAACUCAGUUGAUUUAUAGUGACAUCACUCGCUGGCUGCCCACAGAUGUUAAAAUUAAUGUUGAAGACCUGUCAGCCUCUGUCCAGGAACAAAUUAAGAUACACCAGACCAUGUUCUUGGAGAAACCUGCACACAAGGCAUUUGAAGCUCUGUUGAUUGAAGAAGAAGAAAGCAUGAUUCAGCAUUUCAGGGCUGCUGCAGAAUAAUUGUGGAGGAUAUUCAAGAUGAGAAAGAUCCUGCUUUUUUUCUACCUCAGUUGACUUCUACUGAUGUGAAAGAUGGAGGGAACUGGGCUUGUUGUAACAGCUGUGAGGCAAAGAGAACUUGAAUGAGAAUGCUGUGGUUUAAAUCUUACUUCUGUAUUAACUUUAGAAUCACUUGGACUACAGUUUCAUUCUUUCCAGCAACAUGACUGUUUAGAAAACAUAAAUAAAGUUUAUAUAUAUGAGAAAAUACUUGGACAAAUAUA